AUGCACCGCGUAAAUCUCGUGGCCGAGCCUUUACUUCACGGACCACGUCUAUUUAUUGAUGCUUUGGUGCAUUCUGACAUGAUAAGAGCGCAGCAGACGGCCGCAGCAAUUUUGGCUGAACUUAAUGAUUCAAUACACUCGGAACUCUAUGCCUCUAAAAAAUCGGGAGAAACAGGUGGAUGUCUUCAGUAUCUUUAUCGAGCAGCUCCAGACACUAUUGUAGCAAGUUCAAAAUCGCAUUCCUUGGUUAGUCUUAUUCCUUCCUAG